GUUUCCCGCAACCCAAGUUGCAGAUACCAGAAAUAUCUCCGCGGGAUUCCGUUUCCCAUCUCUUCUUCGUCGUCGUCGUCGUCUUCUUCCCGCUAAAUAGUCGUCGAUCGGACCAAAGAAUGUCGCUCACUCCCUUCGGAUUCGGUUCACGGCGGGGCCGCAUCUUCGAUCCCUUCUCCCUCGACGCCUGGGACCCCAUCCAGGGCUUCCCCUUCCACACUUCCCUCUCCUUCUCUCCGGCCACCGUACCCGGCGAGGCGUCGGCGUUCGCGGCCGCUCGCGUCGACUGGAAGGAGACUCCGGAGGCGCACGUGUUCAAGGCCGACCUGCCCGGGCUGAGGAAGGAGGAGGUCAAGGUGGAGGUGGAGGACGGGCGCGUCCUCCAGAUCAGCGGCGAGCGCAGCCGCGAGCACGAGGAGAAGACCGAUACUUGGCACCGUGUCGAGCGGAGCAGCGGCAAGUUCCUCCGGAGGUUCCGCCUGCCGGAGAAUGCCAAGGUCGAACAGGUGAACGCCGCCAUGGAGAACGGCGUCCUCACCGUCACGGUUUCCAAGGAGGGGGUCAAAAAGCCUGAUGUCAAGUCCAUCGAGAUCUCCGGUUGAUUGGUAAUAGUAUGAGUGAAGACGUGCUUACCGUUUGCUUGAAUUAGGUCAUAUGUUGCGCGUUCGUCCUGGUCGGGUUGUCAACGAUCGUUUCACACGUGUCGAAGAAGUUUGUGAUGCGUCUGUCUUCCUUUCGUCAUUGCCUGAUGUGGUCUUUUGUGUAAUAUCGAUGGAGAUAAAUAAAUUAUAAGCUAAUCAUAUAUUACAAAUAA